AUUUGCCGCCAUUGUAGUCUGACAAGCAUAUCGAUCACAAGGAAAUCAGCACUGUCUACUUUUCUAAUCAAUCGAAAUGUUUGAAGCACGUCUUGUACAAGGUAGUCUCUUCAAGAAAGUCUUGGAUGCCAUCAAGGACUUGGUGACCGAAGCAAACUGGGAUUGCUCCGCCAAUGGCAUGUCGAUGCAAGCCAUGGACAGUGCUCAUGUUAGCUUGUGCUUUAUCGACCUCAAUGCUGAUGGUUUUGAUCCAUACAGAUGCGACAGAAACUUGACAUUAGGACUGAACAUCAGCAAUCUCUCCAAGAUAAUGAAAUGUGCUGCAAACGACGAUGUUGUUACAAUAAGAGCUGAAGAUAAUGCUGAUGCUGUCAACCUGAUAUUCGAAACUCCGAACCAAGAGAAAGUUUCUGAAUACAGUCUGUUAUUGAUGAACAUCGACAGCGAACAUCUUGGUAUUCCUGAAACGGAUUACUCGGCCACAAUAAAGAUGCCUUCAUCCGAGCUGCAGAGAAUCUGCCGUGAUUUGAGCCAGAUUGGCGACUCAAUUGGCAUUGCGUGCACUAAGGAAGGAGUCCAAUUCUCGACAAGUGGUGACUUGGGCAGCGGGAACAUCAGCCUGAGGCAAAAUGCCUGUGUGGAUAACGAAGAGGAUCAGGUGUCCAUUCAACUAAACGAACCUUGUAACCUGACGUUCGCAUCUCGUUAUCUUAAUUUCUUCACGAAAGCGACACCGUUAUCGAAUAUAGUCACUCUAUCGCUUAAAGCCGAUGUUCCUUUGGUCGUUGAAUACAAAGUUGGCGACAUUGGUUCAAUAAAGUUCUAUUUGGCGCCUAAAAUUGAUGACGAAGAGGCCGAAAACACUCAAUGACAAGAAACACCCUGCGCCGUCUCGUGGAAGAUCAUUAUUGUUGCUGCGAGAUUGGGAAUUCCUUAACUCGCUUUUUUUUCGAUUUCAUCCUCUCCCAUCAUUUUAACUUUAACUCAUCUUACUAAGGACGUUUUAUUCCGUUCACUUUCACGCGAUAAACGAUUUGCUCGAGGGUAUAUGGGGGUACAUAUGAUAAGGAUAAGUAUGUAUAGCAUGGGCAAAGUUGGAUUAGCUGAUUUUUUGCAGGCGAACGAUGUUACGUGAGUUAGAAUUGCAAUAAUUAUUUCUUAUUACGUUGCUGUAAAUUACAUUUGAUUGAAAUUCCUAUCGUGGUGCUAA